AUGGGAAACACAAGCAGUUCUCAUAAGAUCUCUGCUCAGGAUAGGGCCAUUCUGGAUCUGAAGAAUCAGCGCGAUAAGCUUCGUCAGUAUCAAAAACGAAUCACUGUCCUCACAGACCGCGAGACCGCCAUAGCAAAGGAAUGUCUUGCGCGAGAUGACCGCCGACGUGCCCUGCUGGCUCUUCGUCGCAAGAAAUAUCAAGAGACACUCUUAAGUAAAACAGAUGCGCAGCUGGAGCAGCUGGAGCAGCUGACGAGUCAGGUGGAAUUUUCCUUGGUUCAGAAAGAUGUUCUCUUUGGCUUGCAACAGGGAACAAAGGUGCUCCAAGCUAUCAACAAGGAAAUGGGAGGUAUCGAAGCUGUCGAGAAGCUGAUGGGCGAAACUGAAGAAGCCAGGGCAUACCAAGAGGAAAUUAGCCAGAUGCUUGCGGGCCAGUUGUCGAACCAGGAUGAGGACGAAGUUGAGAACGAGUUGGAGAGAUUACGGCAAGAGACAGAAGCUAUCACCUUACCAAAGGUCCCUACCGCUCCUCCAGUUAUGGUCAAGGGCAAAGAAGCCGACAACGAGGAAGCGGAGAUUUCAGCCGCCAGGAUGAAGACGCGUACUGCAGUUCCUGCUUCCUGA